AUGUCAACGGAAACAUUCGCAUUUAAUGCCGACAUCAGGCAGUUGAUGAGUUUGAUUAUCAACACUUUUUACAGUAACAAAGAAAUAUUUUUAAGAGAAUUAAUUAGCAAUGCUAGUGAUGCUUUAGAUAAAAUAAGAUAUGAAUCCAUUACAGAUACCCAGAAAUUAUCUGCUGAGCCUGAAUUUUUUAUUCGUAUAAUACCUGAUAAAACUAAUAAUACUUUAACUAUAGAAGAUUCAGGUAUUGGUAUGACAAAAAAUGAUUUAAUUAAUAACCUUGGAACUAUCGCUAGAUCUGGAACUAAAGCAUUUAUGGAAGCCAUACAAGCAAGUGGAGAUAUAUCUAUGAUAGGUCAAUUUGGUGUUGGUUUUUAUUCUGCUUAUCUUGUUGCUGAUCACGUUGUUGUUGUUUCAAAGAAUAACGAUGAUGAACAAUAUGUGUGGGAAUCUGCUGCUGGUGGAUCAUUUACUGUUACUAAGGAUGAAACAAAUGAAAAGCUUGGAAGAGGUACCAAAAUUAUUCUUCAUUUAAAAGAAGAUCAAUUAGAAUACCUUGAAGAAAAACGUAUCAAAGAUUUAGUUAAGAAACACUCCGAAUUUAUCUCGUUUCCAAUUAAAUUAUACUGCGAAAGACAAAAUGAAAAAGAAAUCACAGCCUCUGAAGAUGAAGAAGAUACUCAAGAAAACAAAACUGUUGAAGACAAAAAUGCAGAUGAAAAUAAAGAAGAAAAUGAAGAUGAAGAAAAAAAAGAAGAUAACGAAGAAGAUGAUAACAAAACUGAUCAUCCAAAAGUUGAAGAUGUUACUGAAGAAUUAGAAAAUGCUGAAAAGAAAAAAAAAGAAAAGAAAAAGAAAAAAAUACACACUGUAGAACAUGAAUGGGAAGAAUUAAAUAAACAAAAACCAUUAUGGAUGAGAAAACCUGAAGAAGUUACUAAUGAAGAAUAUGCUAGCUUCUAUAAAUCAUUAACAAAUGAUUGGGAAGAUCAUUUAGCUGUUAAACAUUUCUCUGUUGAAGGUCAAUUAGAAUUUAAAGCUUUAUUAUUUAUACCAAAAAGAGCACCAUUUGAUAUGUUCGAAAAUAGAAAAAAAAGAAAUAAUAUUAAAUUAUAUGUAAGAAGAGUUUUUAUUAUGGAUGACUGUGAAGAAAUUAUACCUGAAUGGUUAAAUUUUGUUAAGGGUGUUGUUGAUUCUGAAGAUCUACCACUUAAUAUUUCAAGAGAAUCAUUACAACAAAAUAAAAUACUUAAAGUUAUCAAAAAAAAUCUUAUCAAAAAAUGUUUAGACAUGUUCUCAGAAUUAGCUGAAAAUAAGGAAAACUACAAAAAGUUUUAUGAACAAUUCAGCAAAAACUUAAAGUUGGGUAUCCACGAGGAUAACGCAAAUCGUACAAAGAUCACCGAAUUACUCCGUUUCCAAACCUCAAAAUCUGGAGACGAAAUGAUCGGAUUAAAAGAAUACGUAGACAGAAUGAAGGAAAACCAAAAAGAUAUUUACUAUAUCACAGGUGAAUCCAUCAAUGCUGUUUCUAACUCUCCUUUCUUAGAAGCUUUGACCAAAAAAGGAUUCGAAGUUAUUUAUAUGGUUGAUCCUAUUGAUGAAUAUGCAGUACAACAAUUAAAAGAUUUUGAUGGUAAGAAAUUGAAAUGUUGUACUAAAGAAGGUUUAGAUAUUGAUGAUUCAGAAGAAGCCAAAAAAGAUUUCGAAACUUUGAAAGCUGAAUAUGAAGGAUUAUGCAAAGUUAUUAAAGACGUAUUACACGAGAAAGUUGAAAAAGUUGUUGUAGGACAAAGAAUUACAGAUUCUCCAUGUGUAUUAGUUACAUCAGAAUUUGGAUGGUCAGCAAACAUGGAAAGAAUUAUGAAAGCUCAAGCUUUAAGAGAUAAUUCUAUGACUAGCUAUAUGUUAUCCAAAAAAAUUAUGGAAAUCAAUGCUCGUCACCCAAUCAUAUCAGCAUUAAAACAAAAAGCUGAUGCAGAUAAGUCAGAUAAAACUGUUAAAGAUUUAAUCUGGUUAUUGUUUGAUACCUCUUUAUUAACAUCUGGUUUUGCUCUUGAAGAACCAACCACAUUUUCUAAAAGAAUCCACAGAAUGAUUAAAUUAGGUUUAUCAAUAGAUGAAGAAGAAAACAAUGAUAUCGAUUUACCACCUCUUGAAGAAACUGUAGAUGCAACAGAUUCUAAAAUGGAAGAAGUUGACUAA